GAAUGUGGAUGCCAUCGUGAAGCGUCGGUUCAAGGUCCGAGUCGCGAUUCGCAGCAUUUUAUAAAUCUUGCUCGAUCAAUCGUGACAACCCCAUUUGGACUCUUUCACCUCCACCACUCAAUGGGCAACGGUGCCAAGGCGGCACAGAAACGAGAGCGAAAUGCAGACAAGAAUGCGGCCAAGGGCAGCAAGUCUCAGGCAAAGGUGAAUGAGGCGGCCAAGUCAAUAAUCUGCGCUACCUGCAAACAGACAUUCCUGAUCACGACUCGAGCGCCUGCACUCGAACAGCAUGCAGUCGACAAACACAACAAAACGAUGGCGGAUUGCUUCCCUGGCGUCACCAAGUAG